AGCUGGGCUCCCCAGUCCGGGGCUCCCCGGCUCACCGCGGAAAGAGACAGAAGCUGCGCCGAGAGCCGAGCUCCCGGCAGCCACCCAGUCUCGGGGGAGCGCCCAGCUCCCCCAGCCCCGGCUCCCACCCUGCCCGGGGGUGGGGUCCCCAGGUCCUGCCAGCCCGGCUCGCGGCUCCCCAUGGAAGCCAGCUGCGUCCCCGGAGGAGCAGGAGGAGGUGUGGGCUCCAUGCCCGCCGUGUGCCCGGGGCCCCUGCGCCCAGCCCGCUCCGCGCCGCUGCCCUGAGGCCCCCCGCGCCCCGGACCAGUCCCCCGCGCCCGUUUGCCUGCGUCCAGGCAGGAGCUCCGGGCCGAGCGCGCCGCCGCCCCGGGAGUGAGGGAAGCCCCGCCAAAGGGGGGUCUCCGCAGCCCGCCGCGAUGGACGCCGUCCUGGAGCCCUUCCCAGCCGACAGGCUGUUCCCCGGAUCCAGCUUCCUGGAUUUGGGGGAUCUGAACGAGUCGGAUUUCCUCAACAGUGCGCAUUUCCCCGAGCACCUGGACCACUUCGCGGAGAACAUGGAGGACUUCUCCAAUGACCUGUUCAGCAGCUUCUUUGACGACCCGGUGCUGGACGACAAGAGUCCCCUCCUGGACAUGGAGCUGGACGCCCCCACACCGGGCAUCCAGGCAGAGCACAGUUACUCGCUCAGCGGAGACUCGGCACCCCAGAGCCCCCUCGUGCCCAUCAAAAUGGAGGACACCACCCAGGAAGUGGAGCACGGAGCCUGGCUGCUGGGACGCAAACUCUGCUCGGUCAUGGUGAAGCAGGAGCAGAGCCCGGAGCUGCCCGUGGACCCGCUGGCCGCCGCCGCCGCUGCUGCCGCCGCUGCUGCCUCCACUGCCACCCCUGUGGGCCCUGCCCCGCUGCUGGGCCUCAGCCCCCUGUCCAGGCUGCCCAUCCCCCACCAGGCACCAGGAGAGAUGACUCAGCUGCCAGUGAUCAAAGCAGAGCCCCAGGAGGUGAACCAGUUCCUCAAAGUGACACAAGAGGACCUGGUGCAGAUGCCACCAACGCCCCCCAGCAGCCACGGCAGUGACAGCGACGGCUCCCAGAGUCCCCGCUCUCUGCCUCCCUCCAGCCCUGUCCGGCCCAUGGCCCGCUCCUCCACGGCCAUCUCCAGCUCCCCGCUCCUCACUGCCCCGCAUAAACUUCAGGGGACCUCGGGGCCACUGCUGCUGACGGAGGAGGAGAAGCGAACCCUGAUCGCCGAGGGCUACCCCAUCCCCACCAAACUCCCCCUCACCAAAGCUGAGGAGAAGGCCUUGAAGAGGGUCCGGAGGAAAAUCAAGAACAAGAUCUCGGCCCAGGAGAGCCGCAGGAAGAAGAAGGAGUACGUGGAGUGCCUAGAAAAGAAGGUAGAGACGUUCACAUCAGAGAACAACGAGCUGUGGAAGAAGGGGGUGGAGACCCUGGAGAACGCCAACAGGACCCUGCUCCAGCAGCUGCAGAAACUCCAGACUCUGGUCACCAACAAGAUCUCCAGACCAUACAAGAUGGCCGCCACCCAGACAGGGACCUGCCUCAUGGUGGCAGCCUUGUGCUUCGUCCUGGUCCUCGGCUCCCUCGUGCCCUGCCUCCCCGAGUUCUCCUCCAGCCCCCACACUGUGGAGGAGCACCCCGCGGCUGACAGCGUCUACACGGACAGUCAGAUGCCCUCCCGGAGCCUCCUGUUCUACGACGAGGGCGCGGGCUCGUGGGAGGACGGCCGCGGCGCCCUGCUGCCCGUGGAGCCCCCGGAAGGCUGGGAGAUCAAGCCCGGGGGGCCGGCGGAGCCGCGGCCCCAGGACCCCCUACAGCACGACCACCUGGACGGCACCCACGAGACCACCAAGUACCUGAGCGAGGCCUGGCCCAAGGACCUCGGGGCCAACGGCUCCAGCCCCGACUUCUCGCACCCCAAGGAGUGGCUCCGCGAGAGGGACCUGGGCCCCAACACCACCAUCAAACUCUCCUAGACGACCAGAAAGCAGGACUCACCCCCCGCCGACACGGAUUGGGCGUGUCCUGCGCGCGAACCCGGAUCCGGCUCCUGAGAAAGGGUUUCACGACUCCACGACUCCUCCUUUGCCCCGGAUCUUGGCUGGGGCCACCCCUUGUGCCCCACCCCGCACCCCCAAUUUGGACUGUUCCCUUGGGCUAACCACUCUGUCCUCACCCCUCCCGCCCACCCACAA